AUGCAGAAUGGUGCCACAGCGCUCAGAGCAGCGACUGUGUUGGGGGAUGGAGAGGCGGUGCAGGUGCUCUUGGGAGGGGGGGCUGAUCCAAAUCAGGAGACCAGCCGGGGCACACCCCUCAGUGCAGCAGCGCAUGAGGGCGAUGUCAGCAUGCUGACCCUGUUCCUUGAUGCUGGAGCUGAAGUGAACCAUGGACAACUCCGCUGA